AUGUCAAGACUCACGAUAUUGGCGAUUAUAAUCGCACUCAUUCACACUUCCGAUGCUUCAGCAGGAAGAAACCGAUUCCAAAUCUACAAGUCAAAAUCUUCGCUCAACUUCUACGAUGCCCAGAAACGCUGCCGUGUUAAAAACAUGGAGCUAGCAAACAAGAAUGAUUUAUACGCGGAAGAAGACCACGUACGCCAGAACUUGAAGAAGGGAAUCCACUACUGGUUCGACGAUUGCUUCAAAUUGUCGACAACGGGGUCGUUUCGAAAGGCCAUCUGCGGAGAAUCCGACGAGGCGACAAAUGGCUACGUCUGUGAAAUGCGCGCUAUCGAGGUUGAAAAAUUCGUCUCCGACAGUGGCUGGCCCAUUUUUCUAGACUGGAAGUCAGUGCUACAGCUAACGAGGGGCGAAUCGUCUUGGCAAGGAUGGUUGUCCGCGGUUACGAUUAUUAUUUAUAUAACUUGGGGCAUCGCUGGUUGCCUUGCAAUCAUCAUUUUGGGAUACCUCAUUUUCGAUCGUAUCGAUAAUUCAGAAGAGCCCGUGCAGAGUGCGGUCGAAGACGUUCUGCUAAAUGAUAACUCGUUUUACAACGAUUUGGAACAGUUGCGCCUCGAUAUUGACGCGUAUGUCGAUCACACGUCGAAACGGAUUAACUCAAAAAGAUCCUGCUUUCGGAAGUUUCAGUACGCACCGAUAACAGAUACAACGUAUGAUUUGCGGCUGAUAAAAGCGAUGACUCUCCAAUUAUCAAGAAUAAACACACUGGUUGGGAACAAACAGGACGAUUUCAUUCAAGCAGUGAUGGAUAGAAUCGCAGAUAUGGAACUGACGGAGCUCGCUGGUAGUCAAGAGAUUGAUGUCUGCGAGCUCGUUACUAAACUGAGUCAGUACUUGAAGCGACUGAACAUGCAAAAGCGCCUGAAAGAAGAGUAA